GGGGGGGGGAGAGGAACAGUUUCGCUGAGGAGAGGUGGAGGACGCUGGGUGCCUGCCGGUGCCGGGAGCUUCAUUUAAGAACAGAAAUCAGUCUCUAUUAGAAGUUUGAAAAGCUUAGUGACUUUCUGCUACUCAAGACAUGACGCUUCCAUUCCGAAAAGAUUUGGACAAGUACAAGGAUCUUGAUGAGGAUGAAAUUCUUGACAAGCUAUCAGAAGAAGAACUGAAACAACUGGAAACUGUUCUGGAUGACCUUGACCCUGAGAAUGCACUUUUGCCAGCAGGCUUCCGACAGAAAGACCAGACUACUAAAAAGGCCUCAGGCGCUUUUGACAGAGAGGGACUCCUUGCUUAUUUGGAGAAGGAAGCACUGGAACAGGAAGACAGGGAGGAAUUUGUUCCUUUUACAGGGGAAAAGAAAGGGAAAAUAUUUAUCCCCAAGCAGAAGCCUGUACAGUCUUUCAUGGAAGAAAAAGUGUUUCUUGAUCCAGAACUGGAGGAAGCUUUGACAAGUGCCACAGAUACAGAACUGUGUGACCUUGCAGCUAUCCUGGGAAUGCACAACUUGAUAACAAACACUCAGUUCUGUGACAUAGUAGGAAGUAGUAAUGGUGUCAGCAAUGAAAGCUUCACAGACAUAGUAAAAGGUGAAAGGACGAUACCAUUUUUAGAUGAACCACCAAAUUCCACACAUGUAGAGGAGAGUUUGCAAAGGAUUAAAGAUAAUGACUCUCGUCUUGUUGAAGUUAAUUUGAACAAUAUAAAGAACAUCCCAAUUCCAACAUUGAAAGAAUUUGCUAAGGCUUUGGAAAACAACACCCAUGUGAAGAGUUUCAGCCUUGCAGCCACUCGAAGCAAUGACCCUGUUGCUGUUGCUUUUGCAGAUAUGCUGAGAGUGAACAAAAAAUUGAAAAGUCUAAAUAUAGAAUCAAAUUUCAUCACUGGGGUUGGCAUUAUGGCACUGAUUGAUGCACUAAAAGAGAAUGAAACCCUGGCAGAGAUCAGAAUCGAUAACCAGAGGCAGCAGUUGGGACAACCUGUAGAAAUGGAAAUUGCCAAAAUGCUUGAGGAGAACACAAAUAUCCUUAAAUUUGGAUACCAUUUCACACAACAGGGACCGCGAACCAGGGCAGCUGCAGCUAUCACAAAAAAUAAUGAUUUGGUUCGCAAGAGAAGGGUUGAAGGAGACAACCAGUAAACCUUGCUGCUGCUAGACUUGCAUUGUGUGGAGAUUUCAAAGGU